GUAUUUUAUUGUCAAGUGAGAGAGAUCUAUUGUAGUAAGUACACUGAAUUGACAAGAGGUAGUUAACACGUUAUCAUUAAUGAUGGCUGAUCCUCUAUAUUCACUGGAGGAUGAAUUGACUCAGCUUAAUUUGACUUCUUGCAAUCGAGGCAACUAUCCACCAUCUCAGGAGAAGAAAAUUGCACCUGCAGUUCCACCCAAGCCAGUGAAAAAACUUCCAGAAAAUGUGUAUGUGAAUAUUCAAGAAAAGUCAAAUAAUCAAUCAGGUUUAAAGGAAAUAGAAUUUGGAAGACCAACUCCCCUUCCUACAGUUUCACCAGUGUACUCAAAUAUACCAAACAUUUCUGCAUCUACAUUAAGUUGCACCAAAGUGGAUGGAGACAAGUCUAAUCAGUCUUAUAAUGGAGCAGAAUCAGUAAAUGAACCAGAGUAUAUGAAUGUAAAUGUAACUAAUAAAGGAACAAAGGACCAAACAUUUUGUCCUGCAAGCAAAGCUGCCAUUUCUUCCUAUCCUGGUGGUUCUCCUCCUCACUCACCUUCAAUGUCAAACUAUGGCUCUCAGUCAAUAUAUUCAGCCUGUCGACCCCAGUCAUCAGCGAGUAACUAUGAUACAGAUUCUAUUUAUGAACCCAUUACUCCUCGGCCACCAAGUCAGAUGUCUUCACGAUCUACCUACAGCAUGGGAAGUGGAGGUUCAUCACUGUAUUCUUCUUACUAUCCAGCUCUGGGUAGGAACAAGGCAGGUUCUGUUACUGGCAUGCAGUCUCUUGGCAGAGGCUCCUCAACAGGUCAGGAGAGUGAAGUUGAUCAACUUACAGAUCUUUUGGUCCAAAGUAUGGAUAGUUCCAGAGAUUCUCUGUUUUUUGGCACAUGCCACAAAUGUGGAGAGAAAGUUCUUGGAGAAGGUAGUGGCUGUAGUGCAAUGGACCAGCUGUACCACAUCUCUUGCUUUACAUGCUCUAUUUGUCAGAUUCAACUUCAAGGAAAGUCAUUUUUUGCUAUGGAUGGCCAGCCCUAUUGUGAGGCAGACUACCUGAACACCCUUGAAAAGUGUUGUGUGUGUCAACAUCCUAUCUUAGACAGGAUCUUGAGAGCUACAGGGAAACCAUAUCAUCCUGGCUGUUUUACUUGUGUGGUUUGUGGAAUAUGUUUAGAUGGUAUUCCAUUUACUGUUGAUGCACACAAUCAAAUCCACUGCAUUGAAGACUUCCAGAGAAAAUUUGCCCCUCGUUGCUGUGUGUGUAAAGGUCCAAUCAUGCCAGAACAGGGUGAACAAGAGACUGUUAGGGUUGUGGCUUUAGACAGGAGCUUCCAUGUAAAGUGCUAUAGAUGUGAGGAUUGUGGGGUGCAGCUUUCUUCUGAGGCUGAAGGACGGGGAUGCUUCCCACUUGAUGAUCACAUUUUGUGUCGUGGCUGUAAUGCCCAACGUGUCCAAGCCCUGACAUCCAGCAUAGCUGCAGAAUAAUAAUAAUCUGUGAAAGUCUUAUUUAACUGACUGCUUUGAUUGUUGUGACACAAGUUUAAGAUUCAAAACAUUUUUCGGGUAUUUGAGCAUUUUGUGAAACAAAGACUUAAAGUAAUUAUUUUAGCACAGGAAAUAUAUCCAAGAAAAUCGCAAAAGUAAAUAUUGUUCAUAUUAUGUUUUAAGUUAAAGGACUUAAUCUACUUAAACUUUUCAAACUGUAAGAUACUUAAGAAUUUUGUAUGAAGUGAAAUUUAUAAAACUGAAAAUCUGUAAAGUAACUUCAACCACAUUUAUAUAAUUGCUCUAUGUGCAAUGAGAUUUCAUUGUCAUUGGAUCUAUUAAUUUUGUAUUUAGAAUAUUGCACCACCCAAAAUUUAUCUAAUCAACAAGAAAGUUGCAUUUUGCAAGGGCAUUUCAGAUUGAAUUAUGGGAAGUGUUGCAAAUACAAAAACUUGAAAAGAAUUUACGUUUAUAACAGUUCAAGUCCUGAACAGGCCUGAAAGAGAAUCAACCCACUCUCGGAAUAUUAUUAAGCAGCAACUAGGGCAACAGGCUAAGAGUCGACAUUAAUUUGAAUUUUAUUUAAUUUGCACGGGAGAUGUCAUCUCCAAGCAUUCGAAAAAGUCUUGCGUGUGCAGUCUUGGUGUACUUUCUUGUAACUCCAACCUUCAUGGAUCGAACUUCCUGUUUCAUGUCCUCCACAUGCACUUAUACGUGUUUAUAGUAGUAAGUGAGGAGAAAGAAAUCCUCAUAUAGCACUUUAUUAGUUAACAUGGUAGAAUAAUAAUAAUUGAUAUUUGUGAUUAAAUAUCUCAAAAUUUGGAUGAGAUGGAUUUAAUUAGAGAAUUAAAAUGUUAAUUUAGAUUUAUUAGAUUUGGACUAAAUUGAGGACAAAGAUCAAACAUCUGAUCCAUAAAAAUUUGUUGUGGGGGGGGGGGGGCAGGAGUGCCCCGAGAAAACCCACUUUCACAGAUCAGGUGCUGAAAAUUCUACCUGAUCAGUGCCCAAUGGCUGAAAGAAGUAACAUGAUUUAAUAAAACAAAAAGUAAAUAUAUAUUUCCUUCUAGUUGGUGGUAUGCUAUACAAGGGACUAAAUUAGGCAUUUGUACUAAUUAGGUGGUUAACCAUGAUGAUUGGUGUAGCAGAAAGUUGUGAUAAUUCUUGUAUUAGGGUAUUACACUUAGUAGCAUGUUUAUAAAAGUUAGUGGCAAGUUUAAAUAUUCUUUCUUUGAAAGCAGAAUAUAUUGGAAUUUAUUAUGGUAUACUGGCAGAGUGUAGCGAGUUGUUGGAUCCUGUAUAUUUAAUAGUUUGACAUAUUACAGUUCUUGCAAUGGUGGGCUGUGAGUUGGCUACUUCAGUUUCAGCAUCGAUGGGCUGAGGGUUGUCUGCUUCAGUGAGUUGAGGGCUGGUAGCUGAAGGUGAUUUUUUUUUUUUUUUUACUUUUUGGGGGGUGUACUGGGGUGUUGAGUCAGAAGAGUUGGCAGACAGAUCCGUCGUUGUGAUGAUUAAGUCAUGAUCAGAGCUGGAACUGUCAUUCUGGGCAUUCUUGAGCAGGGCAAAAUGUGAAGGGGAUGACAGCGGCUUGCUGGUUGACCUGGUAACCAUAGUCCUGGUGCAGGUAGACAUGCUUGAAAACAAUGUCUUAAGAGAGCCCUGAAAAGGGCUGUUUAACAACAUAAAAACCUUUACCCUACUAAGGUAGUUAGACCCUUAAGACUAGAAAUGUGAACCCUGCAGUGUGCUCUCUACUUCAUCGAGUCAGUAAAGGAGAUGUUAUACAGUUUGUUGAUUUUUAUUCACAGACUAGUUAGAUACGAUUGUGGUAUUAAUUGAACUCUGUGUGUGUACACACAAUCCCUGUGCUAAAUUAAUUACUUGUCGAUUUAUUAUGUACCAAUGUGGUUUUACUUAAGUGUGUAUAAUGGAGUAAUCUAUUGAUGUUUCUCACUUGUGUCAUUUAUAUUUAUAUGAUUUCUUCUAACAUUAGUGAACUUAAAAUACUAGUAAUACAUUUUUGUGUCCUACUUUACAUUAAUGAAACUGAAGAAACUUUGUAGUUGCCAACCUGCUAGUAACUGGAAAUUCCUGUAAUUUACCUUUAAUGUUGUGUAUUGAGACUUAAUAUCCUGUUGCCUUGACACAGGUAAUUUUUUCUACUUACAUAAAAUCAAUUAAUUUAUACAAGUAAUGUUUUUGUUAUAUACACAUUGCACAAUAUUGUUUAAGAUUUCUGUGAAAUAGGUGAUGUUUACACUUAUUUUGUGGUUUUUACUUUUUAUUGUUUAUAAACUGUUUCAUAUCAGUAGACAAAUUAAUUUUUUUACUGCUUAUUUAUUUUUUAUUUGUAAAAUUACAUGUUUCUUUGUGCAUAAUUUUGGAACAAUACAAGUUUCUAUAAAUCUGAAGGAGCCAUGGAAAUUAUAUGUGGAUUGCCACUAAAAAUAGAGAAUUCUGUUAUCAUUGCAAUUUACAGCAUUUGUUGAAUACAAGAUGUAAGUAUGUGAGAAUAUUUUUUUUUUAUAUUUUGUAUGUUUAAAAAUGAUUGACUGGGGUUAUACUUAAAUUUUUUUCAAUGUAAAUUUAAUAUUCAUGAUUCCCAUGGGUCAGGGAAGCUGGGAAAAGUCAGUGAAUGUUAUAUUUUGCAUUCACAGUGAUUAUUAGUGAAUUUCAUUUUUAAGAUAAAAUCCAGUAAAAAGUCGAUGAAUUUUAUUUGAGUUAGCGAUACUUGUAGGACGCAGAUGGUAAAAAAAAAAAUUAUCAUGAGCACCAAAAAAUUGCAUACAAGGUAUUUCUGGUGCAUUUAGCACAUUAGUAUAUGUUUUUUAUGCAUAAACAUUGUUUUGUCUACAUCAUUCUCUUUGUGUUAACUGUUAAUUUUCAUAGAGUAUGAAGCAGCCAUAAUAAUUUAAAUAAACAGAAGUAAAGUUCCUGUUCAAAUGGAGUGUAAUGUCUCUGGACAAGGCUUCUUUUUGUCUCUAUAAAACUAGGUCAUGGAAAAUUGUUUUUCUACAGCUUAAAAGCCCUUUUAGAGGUAGGCUAUUUCAAUUAAAGUUGUUUUAAUUUUAAAAUUUUAUUGUCUUAAGAUAAUAGUUCUCAUUGUAGAAGGAACAUGUAAUACCCUUAGUAUACUAUAUCAUUGACAUAUUUUUGUGGGAAAAAUAUUAUAUAUAUAUAAAAAAUUGAACAGUUUAUUUAGGUAAAGCCUGACAGUCUAAAGAAAAACAAAUCCACACAGUUUUGAUGAGUUAUUAUCAUUCUUAUCUGUACUUACAUUUAUUCAAUUUAUAAUCAAAAAUAACUAUAAUAAUUAUAUAAAAUAAUAAUUUAUUAGUAAAAAAU